UUUCAGCUGAAACUCGACAGUCUAUUCUUGUUCUUAGAAAUGAAGACUAUUCCACAAAAUUGUUUGGGUGACCCCAAACUUUUGAACGGUAGUGUAAAUAAAUAGAUUACUGUACAGAUAAAUAUAUUGCACUUUUGCAUAUGCAUCCAUGUUUAUGGAUGUAUGUUAUAUUGUCUUUAUAUUCCAGCGAGUUAAUCCGUUUUUUGGGGGGAUGGAGGGGAUUAUUUUGAUGCGUUUAAGAGUCUUAUGGCCUGAGGGAAGAAGCUGUUACAGAACCUGGCGGUUCUUCUACGGAGGCUGCGGAACCUCUUUCUAGAGUCCAGCAGUGAAAACAGUCCUUGGUGGGGGUGGGAGGAGUCUGUGCAGAUUUUCUGAGCCCUGGUCAGGCAGCGGCUUUUUGCGAUCUCCUGGAUAGGAGGAAGAGGAGUCCUGAUGAUCUUUUCCGCCGUCCUCACCUCUCCUUCCCAACCCAGAGAUGGCACUCCGGGCGACAACUACGGACUCGGGCUUGGAUGAAGCCAGCAGGACCACAUCAUCUGAAAAAAGCAGAGCCCCAAAUCCUGCAGCCAUACUAUAACUUCAGACUAUCGUGUGUGAAAACAAACGGUGAUCAUCUUGGCUCUUGUCCAGUUUUUUGAGGCGUCAACUUCCCCAAGUACAGGCGGCCAGUGACACACCUGAACCAGCAUAAUGACCACAGCAUCCAGAAUCUCCUUCUGCGUGGGGUUUGUGUUUGGAGGCUUCAUGGUGCACAUUUUUCUAUGGCAAGCAUUCUUCACGAAUACUUUUUAUGUGGAAUUAGCCAGCGGCUCCGGAAAGCUUCUCGAUCAUCAGCUUGAAGAACAGAAAGUGUGGAAGAAAAAUGGGUCAGCGCUCUUCAAUCUGAAACACCCUCAUCAUUCAGAUGAAGACAGCAGAAUGGCAGAUGAAUUGUACAAAAAAGUACGCAUUCUUUGCUGGGUGAUGACUGCACCCCAGAACCUGGAGACGAAGGCUCGCUAUGUGAAGGACACGUGGAGUCGACACUGCAAUAUUUUGGUCUUUGUUAGUUCCGUGGACGAUCCCAACUUCCCAACUGUGGGUUUGGAUACAAAAGAGGGCCGUGACCAGCUUUAUUGGAAAACCAUCCGGGCCUAUCAUUACGUCUACGAGCAUCACGGCCACGAAGCCGAUUGGUUCCUCAAGGCGGACGACGACGCCUAUGUAAUAGUGGACAACAUGCGCUGGCUUCUUGCAAACCACACCCCGGAUGAGCCUGUUUAUUUUGGUCGAAGAUUCAAGCCCUUCGCCAAGCAAGGCUACAUGAGUGGUGGCGCUGGAUACGUGCUGAGCAAGGAGGCCCUGCGACGAUUUGUAGGAGGCUUCAAAAGCAAAGUGUGUACUCACACCAGCUCAGUGGAGGACCUCGCGAUGGGACAGUGCAUGGAGAAGGUGGGUGUGCUGGCAGGAGACUCCAGAGACACUUUGCAACGGGAGACAUUUCACCCCUUUGUACCUGAGCAGCACCUUACUGCCAAGUUUUCAAAGACUUUCUGGUAUUGGAAUUACAACUACUACCCCAUCUCACAGGGUCCAAACUGCUGCUCGGACUUGUCUGUGUCCUUCCACUAUAUACAUGACAGCAGCAUGUAUCUGUUGGAGUACUACGUCUAUCACCUGCGUGCCUUUGGCUACAGAUACCGCUACCAGCCCCCCACUCCGCUCGGGUACUCUUAUGAGAAGGUGCGCUCACAGGCCGCUGCUGUUGCUGUGGAAAAGAACAGCAUUUCUCAGGAAAAAGAUGCGGAAGGCGAGGUUAGUGAAAAGAUGGCGGAUGACUCCCAGCUUCCAGCUGCCAAAGUUCCUCCUGCAGUCAAGCAGAUGAUGCAAUUGUUGAUGACGGAAGGGCUGAUAUCACCCCCCCCCCACCCCCCUCCACAUCCCACCCCCCGGAUUGUGAAUAAUGUGAAUAAUUCAAUGUAUAGAUAGAUAGUACUUUAUUGAUUCCUUCAGGAGAGUUCCCUCAGGAAAAUGAUAUACUCUGAUGAUUAACUUGUGUGAUGACUGUAUUAUGCUGAUAGUAUAUAUUUGUACCAUAAAUUGAUUAACGUGGACCCCGACUUAAACAAGUUGAAAAACUUAUUCGGGGGUGUUACCAUUUAGUGGUCAAUUGUACGGAAUAUGUACUGUACUGUGCAAUCUACUAAUAAAAGCUUCAAUCAAUCAAUCAAACAAUAGCAUCACUGUUCACUGGCAAAAUAAAGAAUGAUCUUCCUAGAAAGUACUUUUAAUGGGAUCAGUGUCGACUGUGUUUGGCAAUGGACCAGUUAGUAUUAUAAUCCGUUAUGUUUGCAGACCUCGCGAACGAUUAUGUGGCCCGGCCGUAGCACAGCUAACUGUAUUAGCCGACUUGGGCGUCUAUUCGAGGUUUCGAAGCCGCAGUGCAGUAUAAGUGUUA